UGGAAGAGACACUGAGCAGAAACCUAUUAGUGCUCUGCUCAAAAAAAGUCGAUGUCCAAUCAAAAAUUGCUAUUAUUAGUGGUGCUCUUACUGCACCAAAGUUCUUCAGUGUUUCUUAGCACCCUGACCACUGGUGGUCCCUCUCCCCCUUGUGGUCAGACCUGUCCCUGCUCUGGCUCCUCCCUCCCUCCUCCCUCCCUCCUCUCUCCACCAGUGCCUGCAGGUGCCUCAGGGAAGCAGAGCUCAGAGCCUAACCUGCCCUCUGCCACCCACCCAGUCAGUCUCCGUCCAGCAGGUGCAGCUGGGAGGUCACCCUGGGCUUCUCCCCACCAGCAGGGAAGCAGAACCAUGCUGGGUCCCCUCGCCCUCCUGUGUGCCCUCCUGUUUCCAGGUGGCGUGGCAGCGAUCAGUCUGACUCAGCGGGCUGUGGCCGUGGGGCGUGUGGGCGGCUCGGCCACCCUGUCCUGCCAAGCCAGCGCCUACGUAAGCUACAUCCACUGGUACCUCCACCAGGAGGGGACUGACCCCAAGAGGAUCCUCAUGCUGGACAUGUCAAGGUUAUCUGUGGAGAGGUAUGGGGGCUUGGAAGCGGACAAAAUCGAUGCCAAGAAAGGCAAGGAAAGCAACAGCUGUGAACUGUCAGUGAAGAAGUUGCAGAAGAGCGACGAGGGCGUGUACUACUGUGCUGCCUGGGAAUGUGAUGAAUCAGGCUGGAUCAUGGUAUUUGCAGAAGGAACUAAGGUCAUAGUAACUCCCCCGGAUAGAAGCCUUGAUGCAGACACUUCCCCCAAGCCCACACUCUUUCUUCCUUCGAUGGCUGAAAUAAAAUUCGAUAGGACUGGAACGUAUCUUUGUCUUCUUGAGAAUUUCUUCCCUGAUGUUGUCAAGAUAGACUGGAAAGAAAAGAACAGCAAAAGAAUUCUGAUAUCCCAGCAGGGAAACACCAUGAAGACGAAGGACACAUACAUGAAAUACACCUGGUUGACGCGCACUAAAAAGUCAAUAAAUAAAGAACACAAAUGUAUCUUCACACACGAGACUAAUAAAGGAGCGGUUGAUCAUGAGAUUGCUUUUCACUCAAUGAAAAAAGAGCUCGCUGUCAUUGAUUCUAUCGAAGCUUCUCUGAAAGAUGAAAAUGACCCCCUACAGCUGCAGCUUGCGAACACCUCUGCCUACUACACCUACGUCAUCCUCCUCGUCAAGAGCAUGUUCUACACCAUCAUCAUCACCUACUGUCUGCUUGGGAGACCAGCACUCUGCUGCAAUGAGAAGAGUUGUAACACAUGGUGGCCCAAGGCUCCACUUUUCUUUACUGGCUGUUUUCGCUAAAGGUGUCUGCUGAGGCUCUAGCGGGGCUUUCUUUCUGGGUGUGGGUUAUUGCAGUUCACAUGUGUCUUUUUUCUAUGUGUCAUCACUGCAGAAUGGGUUUACAAACUGCUGGGCAAACAGGAAAUGUCACUCUGCACCAAGAACAGACUCUGCCAUGAGUCAGGGGCGGGGCCAGGGGGCACCCACAGGGGCUUCAGUACCGCUCUCUCCUUCACGCCCACCAGCCCGUCAGCCACCCAGCACCCUCGCCUCUGAGUACAGCCGGCCCCUGGGGCUCUGUAUCCAGAUAACUGCCUGGAGGCCUUUUCUUUUACAUUUCUGGAAGCUGCCAUCUUUGCUACCUGAGUUUUGCUCUGUUGUUCAUAACAGGCAUAAUAAAAAUAAUCAAAAGUGUA